AUGUCCCGACAACGACGAACUGCGGCUCUAGUCGCUGGUCUGUUCCUUGGUGCUGUCGGCUAUGCAGCCGCACUCCAGACAGGUGACGCUCAGCCUGGAGACGCAGCUUUCCGGAUCGCGGAGGCUUUUGAGAGUGUUCCAAACGAGAACGUGACGAAACUCCUGGACGACGUGGUGGUUCCCGUAUCGCUAGAAAGUGAGAAGGCAGUGCCGGAGACGGAGCCGCGUGAUUUGAGGCCAAUCAAAGUCGCAACAACGGAGCACCGUACAGGAGAUCUCCCGCUCAGUCUGCCCUACGGAGGCGCACUAGUCGCUGUCGAAGCCACGGCUCUCCUCGUCGGUGGAGCUACCAUCGCCGUCCUUGCUAUCGCCAAGAUCAAAUCGCGGGCAACAUCGAUUCAGUACGACUACGACAAAGACCACGUUGACCCUAUGCUGCAGUCGCUAUUGUACAGUGACAUGGACUAUGCUGCAAUCUAA